AUGUUAAACAAGCACAGCAACCUGCAGAGAGGCUGGUCUGAGUUCCCCCAGGACCCCAGUGUUGUAGCCACCUCCACUUGGAACAGCUCAGCUCUCUUCUUGCAUCUGGAGGCUCCUAUGAACAACAUCACCACGUCUCUGGGCCAGACGGCAGAGCUGCUGUGUCGUGUGUCCGGUAACCCCACUCCCACGGUGCGCUGGCUGAAGAAUGACGCCCCCGUGGUCCAGGAGCCUCGCCGGAUCUCCUACCGACCAACGGCCUACGGCUCCCGCCUCCGCAUCCGUAACCUGGACACCACAGACACAGGCUACUUCCAGUGUGUGGCCACUAACAGCUACGGCACCGUCUCCACCACCGGAGUACUCUUCGUCAAGUUUGAUCCACUCCCUACACCAAUGCCAGGAAGGCCCUAUCCUGAUGAUUUUGAUGAGGAGGGGUUCUGCCAACCGUACAGGGGAGUGGCCUGUUCUCGCUUCAUAGGAAACCGUAGCAUCUUCGUUGACUCGCUGCAGAUGCAGGGCGAGAUCGAGACCCAGAUCACAGCCGCCUUCACCAUGAUCGGAACGUCCAACCACCUGUCGGACCGCUGCUCCCAGUUCGCCAUCCCGUCUCUGUGCCACUUUGCCUUCCCGACAUGUGACCGCAGCUCUGGGGCAGACAAGCCCAGGGACCUGUGUAAGGAUGAGUGUGAGAUCCUAGAGAAUGACCUGUGUAAGACCGAGUACAUCAUCGCCCGUUCCAACCCCAUCAUCCUGAAGAGACUGAAGCUACCUAACUGUGAGGACCUGGCAGCACACGACAGCCCAGAGGCUGCUAUCUGUAUGAGGAUCGGAAUCCCCAUGGUCGAGCCCAUCAACAAGAACCACAAGUGUUUCAACAGCAGUGGUUCAGACUACCGCGGGACAGUCAGUAAGACCAAGUCAGGUCGUCAGUGCCAACCUUGGAACUCCCAGUACCCUCACAGCCACACCUACCUGGCAGUGCGCUUCCCCGAGCUCAGCGGAGGACACUCCUACUGCCGUAACCCCGGCAACAAGCAGGAGGGACCAUGGUGUUUCACGCUGGACGAGGGGGUCCGCAUGGAGCUAUGUGACAUCAAUGUCUGUGAUUAUAAGGAGAAGCGUGGGGGCAGUAACAUGGAGAUUCUGUACAUCCUGGUCCCGAGCAUAGCCAUCCCUCUGGCCAUCGCACUCCUCUUCUUCUUCAUCUGUUUGUGUCGUAACAACCAGAAGGCUUCCCGCCCCCCAGCCCCCAGACAGCCCAAACCUGUCAGGGGACAGAACGUUGAGAUGUCCAUGCUCACCAACUACAAACCCAAGAGUAAGGCCAAGGAGCUCCCCCUAUCCGCAGUGCGUUUCAUGGAGGAGCUAGGUGAAUGUGCAUUUGGUAAGAUCUACAAGGGCCACCUGUACAUGCCUGGUAUGGAGCAUGCCCAGCUUGUGGCCAUCAAGACCCUGAAGGACUUCUCCAGCCCUGGCCAGUGGGGGGACUUCCAACAGGAGGCAUCAGUCAUGGCUGAGCUGCACCAUCACAACGUGGUGUGUCUGUUGGGGAUAGUGACCCAGGAGCAGCCUGUCUGCAUGCUGUUUGAGUUCCUAAACCAGGGGGACCUCCAUGAGUUCCUCAUCAUGCGCUCUCCUCACUCUGACGUGGGCUGUAGUAGUGAUGAGGACGGGACCGUCAAGUCCAUCCUGGACCACGGAGACUUCCUGCACCUGGCCAUCCAGGUGGCUGCUGGUAUGGAGUACCUGGCCAGUCACUCCUUCGUCCAUAAGGACCUGGCGGCCCGUAACAUCCUAGUGGGGGAACGGCUCCACGUCAAGAUAUCUGACCUGGGUCUGUCCCGAGAGAUUUAUGCCUCUGACUACUACAGGGUCCAGCCCAAGGCUUUACUCCCCAUCCGCUGGAUGCCUCCUGAGUCCAUGGCCUAUGGGAAGUUCACGACGGAGUCAGACAUCUGGGCUUUUGGCGUGGUGCUGUGGGAGAUCUUCAGCUAUGGCCUGCAGCCCUACUACGGCUUCAGCAACCAGGAGGUCAUGGAGAUGGUGAGGAAACGCCAACUGCUGCCCUGCCCAGAGGACUGCCCCCCCAGGGUGUUCAGCCUGAUGACAGAGUGCUGGCAGGAGGGCCCAGCGAGGCGUCCGCGGUUUAAGGAUAUCCACGGUCGUCUCCGGGCCUGGGAGGGGCUGUCAUCCCACGGCAGUUCUAGUACCCCAUCAGGAGGCGGGGGCAACGCCACCACCCAGACCACCUCGUUGAGCGCUAGCCCUGUCAGUAACCUCAGCAACCCACGCUACGCCACCGCUGCAGGCUACCUCUACCCAGCCCAGGGGAUGCCCGCGCCAGGUCAUCCAGGCCACCAGAUGGCAGGCUGGACCCCUAUGACCCAUGGAGCGCCCAUGGCCCAGAACCAACACCAAUGCUUCAUCCCUGUCAACGGGUACCCCAUCCCCCCGGGCUAUGCUGCCUUCCCUGCAGCCCACUUCCAGGCCCAGGGCCCCCCCAGGGUGGUGCAACACCUCCCCCCGCCCAAGAGCAGAUCUCCCAGCAGUGCUAGCGGCUCCACCAGCACCGGUCAUGUGGCCAGCGUGCCAUCCACGGGGUCCAAUCACGACGCGAACACGCCACUGCUGUCGCACUGCGUGGCAAUAUCCACCCUGCCAGGGGGCGGUACCAUGCAGGUGUACGGACACAUGUCCCAGAAGGCUUUGCAACAGAUGGACCCCUCGCAGACGUCCACGCUGCUGGCCGACGCCAACAGACUCAUGUACAGCGACUCGAUCAUCACCGCUGACCUGUAAAUACACUACAGACCUGUACUAUAUAAUAUCUCACCUGGUUGAUUUGAUGCUUUGUUUCCUUUUACCUGUUUUGUUUGUUUUUGUAAGAAAAUUAUUAUAAUUAUUGUUUCAACUUUUUACUCUACUUGUAAAUACAUGUACGUAAACCCCGAAUGAAUGAGAUGCAAAGAUUUAUAUUAAAAUAACUUUUUAAAUAAGAGAGCUAGUAGUCGUGGCCUGCCUCCUAUUCUGAAACUCAAACUGCCUGGAUAGACUUUUAAUGAGUCUACUCUACCUGCCUGGAUAGACUGUUAAUGAGUCUACUCUACCUGCCUGGAUAGACUCUUAAUGAGUCUACUCUACCUGCCUGGAUAGACUCUUAAUGAGUCUACUCUACCUGCCUGGAUAGACUCUUAAUGAGUCUACUCUA